UCUCUUGCAGACUUUUUGGUGAAUUAUGCUCUAGCGUUAAAUCUUUGUCGAGGUAGCUGUAGCGUUGACCUAGAGACAAAAGGAUGCUACAUUGACAAGGGGGUACGUUUUGUACACUGCUAUCAUUAAUAUAAUGCAUGGUUUUCACUAUCACUGUGUCAGGGGCACCCAACAACAAUUGUCGGAAAAUAUCUGUUCGGAAGACGAUUUGAGAUCUACAAUUUUCGGAACAUUUUUUCCAAAAUUUCUUGCUUGUCUGCCUCUCUUAGGAUUUUCGAACAUCUAAAAAAUGGUAUAAUUGCCCAUUUUUAACGGAUUUUUCGCCUAAAAAGGUCACCUAGAAUUUUCGGGAGCCUUUUUUCUGGCUGAAAUUUUCGAAAAGGUAAGUUUUGAUCCCUAUAAUUUUCGGAACACUAGACUUUCAGCAAGGAAAUCCGAACAGGUAAAAAAUUUUAAGGCCUAAAAAUAUGCCUAUAUCUACCUUUUAAAUACUAAAAUACGUUCAACAAUGCUAUGUUUAAGUGGUUUUUAGUCCUCUUCGUGUUUGACAUGUCUCCUAUAAAUGCUUAUUGCCUUUCUACAAUUCCUAGGGGCCCGGACGAGCUCUUCCCGAGUAUAUCUACAACGAGCGCGAUCCUUCCAUUUCCAACUACGGUGGAAGAAGAAUUGACUGGCUUAACUGGAAUGAUUAUUUUCCUGGAUUCAUCUGCCGCUGUGCUGAAAAGGCUAAAGAGCUUGGGUUUGACUUGAUCGGUGUGCAGUUCUAUGGUAAGAACACUAACUUUUAACCCUGUAAUAUCAUGGGAAAGAUUUUAAUUUUUAUUCGUAACCCGUACAAAUUUGCUGUUAAAAAUAAUGCGGGAAGGUGUUAAAAUAUCAAGCAAAUUCAUCUUCGGAGAUCAUGUUCAUAGUUCUAGUGACCAUCCUUUUUUAUAACGCAUUGAUCAUACAAGGAGAAAUUUGAUGCCCCCGGAGGGACUCCCAUAUGAAAAGGGGCGGGGAUGCUCGUCGUCUCGCUUAGUGGCGUAAUUUUCCGAUUUUGGUCUCACUUAGGGUGUUCUGGGCAAAACGCCAUAUAUUUAGCCGUAAAGGUCUCUUUUAGGGUUAAAACAACGUAUGGGUACUUAAAAGUUUUCGGUGAUAAUGUCUUUGACAUCAUUAAAAGUCGCUGUAUUAUUUAUUUGUCUAUGUUUUAAAAUGGUCUCUUUUAGGGGUCAAAAAAAGUUUGGGCCACGCCCAGAUUGAUCUCCUUUAGGGUUUUAAUUCAAAAUGUCCGACUAGCAUCCCCGCCCCUUUGAUAUGGGAGUCCCCCCGGUCUUAAGUUAAGGGGAAAAGUGAACUAUAGCACAAAACUGACUGAAAUACAAAAAUAUGUCUCUUAAAAAAGUAAAAUCAUUGUUAUUCAAGUAACAGCAAUUGCAAGAAGACACCUAGUGAGGAGAAAAAAUAUUGAACAAAAAACAGGCAGAUAGAUGUUUGGUUGAGUUGACGCUCAUCUUUGAAACAACAGUCCGAUAGCCAUUGUAAUAAACUGUGCAAAAAUUUUCGUUGGAAUUGACGGUUGGUUUAUAAAAACAUGACAUAAUUUUGCCAUUAUUUUUGACGGGUUACUAUUUAGCGUAAAUUAGAUAUUGGGCCUUUGAUAUAACAACUUCCCCCGUUUCCUUACAGUGAAAAAUUAUAUUACGCGUCCAGGACUUAUAUAACCAUUAGGGAGCUUAAGAAAUGCAGACGGCGACGCCAUCGAGAACGGGAAUAACGCAAUAGGUUUAGAUUGGCAAAACAACAACUUUGCACGAGCAUCACGCUUUAUUGUAGAUUUCUUUGCUGUCGCUGCACGACUAGAAGGUGAAGGUGCCUAAUUUCACAUUUUGUCGAGGACGAGAACACGAGACAACAACUUUCCUUUUCUUUUCCUGAACUUUGGUACGGUCCUUUAUAUAAUUAGAAUUCAACUCCACAAAUAUUUGCCAACGUUUGACGAAUUAAACGAGAUGGAAAAAGCGCGAUAAAGUUUGAAACAGGGCGAAUUCACUUUUUAAGUGCCGUUUUCGUAGUCGUUGCCGUCGUCGUUGGUCAAGCUCCCUAUUUAGCGUGACCAAUGGUCCCUUUGCGCGAAACGGUCACUGACAAAAACACCUGGAUUGCAAACGACGCAGUGGGGCAAGAAAUUAAAAACAAAGAGAUGACAUCAUUCAAAUAGCUAAUAUCCUUUCUUUUCAAGGUACCACUGCGUUGUUUACCUUCCAGCAAGGUGUUUUUUGUACCAUGUGACCGUCUCUUGCGAAGGGCCUAUUGACCAUUUUUGCGCCUAGACUGGAUCGUGGGCAUGUCAAAUUGUAUUGUGGGAUUGUUUUGAGACGUCAUCUCUUUCAAGAUCGCGCAGAAAGGCAGGUCAAAGUUUGUCCCUCGAAACAGUCCCAUAGUGCCAUUCAACACAACAUGGACUCAGUCUCCCUAGUCUCAAGUAAACCCUCAAAUUGGCCAAAUUACACUGUAAUUUUUAGGGAGUUAUCAUAACUCCAAAAAUGGAGUAAAAAUUUUAGGUACAGGAUAACCCCUUUUUUGGGGUUAUUUUAACUCCUAAUUUAACUCCGAAUUUGGGGUCAUUUUUACUCCUGAAAAAGAGUUCUUUUUACUCCCAGUCUUGGAGUUAAAAUUACUCCGAAAUGGGGUUACUUGUACUCCUUAAAGGGGUUGUUUUCACUCUUUUUGGAAUGAAUUUAACUCUGAAAGUGGAGUAAAAAUUUUAGGUACAGGAUAACCCCUUUUUUGGGGUUAUUUUAACUCCUCAAAAUCUGUGGUCACUUUUACUCCUGAAAAAGAGUUCUUUAAACUCCUUUUUGGAGUUAAAAUAACUCCACGAAAAAUAACUCCACUGUAAGGAGUUAAAUUAGCCCCACUAGAGGAGUUAUUAUAACUCCCUGAAAAUUACAGUGUAUGACUUACGUUUUUUUGUAAUAAUUGACAGGAGAGUGUUGGGCAGGACACAGUGGGAUACAUAAUUAUUCACAAUACGGACUGGAUUACAGUGGCUGCAUUGAAGAUGACUAUCAACCCUGCACUAAGAAUUCUCGUUACUGCGUCGGAAAGCAUUUUCGCAAUAUGGUCUUUCAAAUUGGUAUGUUUUAUUUUGAGAUUUCAAACUUGACUUUCUGAUCUAUUUAUAUAUCUUCUAAUACAGCAAUCGCUUUGAGGUUCACUUGACCGAGUAGAUAUGAAAGGGUUUUUGUCAUGUUUCUUUCGCUUCUUGCACUAGAAUUUUCUUUGCAAUACUUGUGAGUUAAGAAGAAAUGAAAAAUAUGAGAAUGAGCUUAACUAAAAGCCUUCAUUUCGACACGAUUAAAAAAAAAUGAAAUAAAAAAUGAACAAAAGAACAGUAAGCUGAUGUGGUAGUGUUACUGGAAAAACAAAAUACUAAUAAAAAAUUUUAAUGUGCUUCUCCACGGUCAGUCUUAGUCACAAUAAAAAAAUACAGCAGAGCUGGUGUGGCCGUGUUAUGUGAAGCAUAUAAAAAAUGCUAAUAAAAAGUGCCUCUCUGUGGUUCCUGGAACUGUAGAGACAUUGAAAAAGACGGGCAUAGAUGACCUCUCGACCAAUCAAAACUUGAGGAAAUAAAAAUACUUUUAAUGAUAAUUUUUUUCAUCAUCAAUAUCAUCAUCAUCGCCAUCAUCAUCAUCAUCAUCAUCAUCAUCAUCAUCAUCAUCAUCAUCAUCAUCAUCACCAUCAUCAUCAUCAUCAUCAUCAUCGCCAUCAUCAUCAUCAUCAUCAUCAUCAUCAUCAUCAUCAUCAUCAUCAUCGCCAUCAUCAUCAUCAUCAUCAUCAUCAUCAUCAUCACCAUCAUCAUCAUCAUCAUCACCAUCACCAUCAUCAUCAUCAUCAUCAUCAUCAUCAUCGCCAUCAUCAUCAUCAUCAUCAUCAUCGCCAUCAUCAUCAUCAUCAUCAUCAUCAACAUCAUUGUUAUUAUUAUCAUUCUUUAUUGCAGUGGAUACCAGUUGCCCUGGGAUCUCCUUUGAAAGGGUUGGAUGCUACAAAGAUGCACACAAACAAACGCAGAGACCUUUGCCAGAUUACCUCUUCAACGAUCGCGAUAGCUCGAUUCAGACCUGGAGCGGAAAGUGGAUCGACUGGAGAAAUUGGGAUGUGUACGUUCCUCAGUUCGCUUGUAGAUGCGCCCAUGCGGCUAAGGCCAAGAACUUCACUUACUUUGGCAUGCAAUUUUACGGUAAAUUUCAAUCGGUCAAAAGGGCAAAUAUACACUUUAAAUGUAGAGUGUAAAUUGUAAAAAUAUCGUACUGUCUAUUCUAUUCGGUCAGGUAUUUUCAGGGAUAAUUAAAUUGGUUGGGGGACUCUGACUGACAGUCUGCUUGUUUGCGUGGUUUACAAAAGUAUUACGUUAUCAGUACGAACAGUGUGUGGGUUCUUCAACAUUACACAUACUUUAUUAUAUGAGCAAGGGCUGUGAGGCUGGGCCUGUGGUUUAUCAUUCUUGUCCGAGAAGAUUAGAAAUAGAAUCACGCUAUAGAAGGAUUAGCCUGAGAAACCAGCCGACAUUUGGCCACGGCACCAGUGGGUUUCCCGGCGAAAUGACGCCUGAGCAACAAACGCAGAAAUUCUAUUGGUACUGAUGACGUGUCACUACCCAGAUCUGGGUGACACGUCAUAAGUAUGGAAUUUCUGCAGUCUGUCCUCAGUUGUCAGAAACCAGUGAUGGCGUCUCAAAAUGUCGCGGGCCGUCUUCUCAGGCUAUAGAGAGAACUUUUUAGCCAAUCAGAUGGCGGAAUUCGUAUGCUAGUGGGGUUGUACUAGAUGUAAUGGUCAUAAAGUGUGUCUUUCUUGCAGGAGAGUGUUGGAGUGGUCAAAAUGGAGAGUCGACCUACUUCCGAGACGGCCCCAGUUCAAGCUGUGUUGACAAAUGCUACGCACCCUGCAAUCAAUACAGAAAGUUUUGCUCUGGCAUGCAUUUUGCUAAUUUUGUCUACAGACUCAGUAAGAAAUUAGACUUCUUGCAGUCAGCCUUUUCGCUUAUAAUCCGUCCAUUUCUUAUCCCAGCGAGCGCGACAGCAAACAACGACGCGUGCAGUAACUUUAAAAAGAAAAAAAACACUGCUUGCCAGUCGCGGGGCCCGGGGGACCCUACCCUCAUGUUUUUAGACCAAAUUGAGGCACAAAGCUCGAAAAAAAAUGUUUUGGAGACCGCCCACCCCUUACCUCAAGGUCUGGGGCCCGUUUCUCGAAUGUCCCGGUAACUUUUCGGGCCCGAAAUCAAAUCUUCAAAUCGAAAUAUAAAGAGUAAGAGCGCGGGUCCUGGCUAGCAACUACUCCAUUUUGUUUCAUAAACUCAUAGUUUUAUCAUGUUAGAUGCAAAACUAUUGAAACCUCUAUCUUGCAUGUAAACAACAACAGCUUUGCGGGCCCCGUUAAAUUAUCGGGACUUUCGAGAAACGGGCCCUUGGAUCCGGCACUGCUUACAGCCUAGUAAGAAAUAUAUUCGGUAAAUAAACUGCCAAGAGAACGUAGUACUUGAAGACCUCACAUAACAGGAAUUAAUCAACAUUCUCAGGUCAAUGAAAUCACGGCUUGUGUUCUUUCUGGUCGUCCAGCCUAAAUUGACGUUACACGGCGUAGCGUUUUCUGGUCUUAAUGGUCUCCUGUCUUAUCUUAAAGGCGGUCUGUCACAAUAUUCUGAGUCGUCAUGUUUUGAUAUAGAGCAUUUUCACUCACGUGGCCAGCAUCUAUACAGAUUUAUUGGAACAAAAGAAAGCGUUUGUAUAAGAAAAGAAUUCAUCUCCCACAGGAUUGUCUUGGUACACCAACAUGGCCGUCGUUUCAUUGUUUUGGAACACCAAUAUGGCCGCCGUGACCUCAUGUGAAAACGCUUUAUAUAGCUACUUACACAGUAACCUCAGGGGAUCUUUUUUAAUUAUAGAGGAAAAUUGACCAAAGAAGCAAUAACAACUCGAAAGGAUUUAAGGAAGGAGCCGAUGGCUGGGCACUCAUAUUCUCGGCAUUUUUCCCCAUACAUGUAGACAUGGAUAUAGUACGUGUUCAUCUAUCUAUCCAUUUCUAUUUAUUUGGCUUUAUCAUAACAGCCAUUAUUUUCAAUUCUCUACUUCUGUCAUAGAGCCAAAAAAAAAGGAAGAAGACUGCGAAGUGAGUAUAACUCCAAUUGGUUGCUACAACGAAAACCCAAAACACCCUGCUCUCCCUAAAGUUUUCUACAACGAAGCCGAACCGGGAAAGCCAAACUUUGCAGGAAGCCUUCUACAGUGGAGUAACCAUUACAAAGCUGAUUUUAAAACGCUCUUGUGCAAGUGUGCCCAUCUGGCGAGAUCAAACAAAUGGGGAUAUUUUGGAGUCAGGGAAAUUGGUAGGUCAAAGGCAACUGAUCAUUAAUAUUGGGUCUGUACAAGAAAGAAUAGGGAGAUUAGGGAGUUUACGCGACGACGACGCGACGGCAACGAGAACAGCACCGCGCUUAUUCCAUCUCGGCAUAGUUAAUUGAGUGGAAUGGUUAUGAAACCCGUCAGACUCCUUUGUUAUAUGUUUUUGUGGACCUGAAAGUGCACAACGUUCAAAAAAAUUCCUAUUAUUUUGAUUGUAUUGACCAACAAAAAUGUUGCAUUAAUUUAUUCCGUAACAAUUUGCCAACAGAAAACAAAGGAUUGUGCACUUUCAGGGUGCUUUCAACAUAAACUGCAGCACUGUUGUUUUUAUCAUUGAUGUUUGCCGCUUUUCAUAACCAGUCUCCUCUAAUAACUAUGAUCUCGCUUAAUUCGUACAAAUGUUGGCAAACUUUUUUGGAGUUGAAUUCUAAAGGACUGUAUCAAAGUUCAGGAAAAGAAAAAGAAAGUUGUGUCAUGUGUUCUCGUCCUCGACAAAACGUGAAAUUAGGCACUUUCACGUUGUAGUCGUGCAACGACUGCAAAGAAAUGUACAAAAAAGCAUGAUGCUCGUGCAAAGUUGUUGUUUUGCUAAGAUAACUCUAUUACCUUUUUGCCGUUCUCCUUGCGGUUGCCCUCAUUGUUGCUUAAGCUCCCUAUAAUAAUGAGAUGGAGAGGGAAACGCCUUUGAAAACUGUAAAUGUCACCAAAGUUAUCUUUAGACCAAUUAAACGCUUGAAAUUAACCGGGAGUUGGUCUCUGGAGAGGUCCGCAAAUUUUUAUUCAGUGUUGUCAGGACAGAAUUCAACGGUCGCCGUUACAAUAUUAGGGAGCUUAAGCAACAACGUUUUUGAGCGACGCACGUCAACCGGAAGUGGCCUUUUUUCAUUUUUUUGACGGUGGUUUCGCCCAAAUUUUCAGUCAAAUCGCCUCUAUAACAGUAAAGAAGCUAAGGAAUACAAAUUUUAUAUCAUCAAGGCAUGUUAAGAGGGAAAAUACCUCACUUCCGGUUGACGUGCGUCGCUCAAAAACGUCGCUGCUUAAGCUCCCUAUUCUGUAUUGUUUACUUUGAGACAGACGCGCGUGUACUUGAAUUGAUGACGUUUCAAAUGUAAUUAGUUAAGUGAUUUUCAUAUAUGGCAAGGGGUUGGACCUCGUGACUGAGCCUCCCCGUAUAACAACUUUGUUUUAACGGGUAAUCCCGCGGGCUGCGGUAUCUGACCUUUUCGUCAUUUGAGUGGUCCUUUUCCAAAACGGGAAAAUAAAUAGUGAUCGCAAAAAGAGUCUGCUAACGAUUUACGUUAUUUUUGUGAAUACCUCUACCUACAGGUUUGUGUGUGAGUAACCCAAAUAACCCAUCGAAUUACGAUAAGUACGGCGCAUCGGACAAGUGCACAGCAGGCCCACACACCUAUGCUUGCCCGGUUUUAAAUGGAAUAUGCGGAGCAUCGGUCGACAGUGCAAACUACAUUUACCGAAUAGAUGGUCUAGGUAUGCAAUAGACUUUGGUCAACUAAACCUUAGUAAGUCUGACAUUUUUGUCAAUUGUAAGACAGGAGGUUUAUGUUCAAAUUACGUUUUCGUUUCGGCCUUAACCGUGCAUGCACACUACACCAUAGCAUUCUAAUCAAGUUCCGGUCAAUAAAGACUUUUUCGUUUAUUCAAUCCGAAUGGAAAUUGUUGCAUUUUGAGAGGCUUUUACAGCUUUUACAGAUUUUAGCACAAGAAGGAAACUCGAGUAUUGAGUACUCAUAGUUUGACCAUUUACCUGUUUUUGAACGUUUGAUGUCAUAUGACCAUCCUGUUAGGUAUUGAUAGUCUUGUAAUACAUCUCACCAAACGUUUUCCUUCCUCAGUUAACAAUGACAACCCUCUCAGCGACUCUCUUCCAUCCCGCGUCUGGGCUAGCAAGCUAAAAAGAUCUUCCCAGAGUAAAAAGGUGUUCAAUUGUUUGUUUUAUAACCUUACACCGUAA